AUGCAGCACUAUGAAGAAAAAAAUACUGUAAAAAAUAAGAAAACUUCAAAACCAACAGGAAAAUGUCAGGAACUUUUACAAACUUACGUCGUGGCAUUCGCUAUUCAAGAAACAUACGAUGAACCGCCCACUGGACGUCAAAAGCUUUGUAAGAAACGAAGUUUAUCUGAGAUCAUUUCCUCAUUAACUCCAACUGCUUCGAAUAAAACGGUGGCUUUGGAUUCCAAGUCAGUUCAAAGACUUGCUCAGAAAUGUGACACAUAUCAAGAUUGCAAUGAAAUAAAAAUUGAUAUAAUUGAUGAACACGACAAACAAAGCGGCGAUGUGAAAAAGGAUCCUCCACAAAAAAUAGUCUACAUUGCAGACAAUAACAUUGCAGAGGACAAUUACAACAUGCAGCCGCAAACACUAUUCUAUUGCUCAAAAAACAAACCAAAAACUGAAAGAAAACGAUCUAAAAAAUCAAACCAUGCUGUCAAGGUUAAAAAUAUGACUUUUAAAAUUAAAAAUAACAACAUGAAGAAGAAAAUAGAACAAUAUUAUCCAAAGGAGAAACAUAGCUCGGCGAGUGCACAAAUUCAAAAAGAUUUGUGCUCCGAUGCUCUAUCGAAAUUGCUUUCUCGGACCAGAUUAUUAAAAAAUGCUCAAGCCACCGAAAACUUGCUUAAAGUAGCAGAACUAAACAGGAAUGGCGAAGAAUUGGACUACAACGGCAACGAAAAUUCGUCCUUGUUUUCAGAAUCUACUUCAAAAUGUCUACCUACUGACACUUCAAGUCAUAAUACUUUGACGCAAGAUGGUAGUGGAACAGCUACACGAUCAGACGAGUUUUUCAUUAUCAAUACUGACUCUGUCGUAAAGUUGGAGUUACCUCCAGGAGGCACAAAUCCUUAUAAGCCUAAUAUCUUCAAUAUGGUCGUAGCUUACAACACAGCAAUGCCUCCUACGGAAAAGCGAUUUAAUGAAAAAGAGAGAUUUUCCUUUGGAAGUCUUACAAGCACUGAGACUCUUACUGCUGUGAAUGGUUCUUUAACGUCUACACCACCAUAUUUUGUUUCGAAAACCAACAAAAACUCACAAAUAUUAAAUUUUGCCCAACAGGAUUUCAGUGACCGAACUCUUCAAGGUGAAAAGACUAUUUCAGAAAAAACUAUUAGUUACAACCAAUUUUUCAUCGCCAAAACUAGCUCAGACUUACAAAAUCAGAGUUCUGAUUCUGCUUGUACAAGGUCUGAAUCAGGUUCCUAUGCACCAAUUUAUUGUGACAAAGCAAAUUUCCAAUCACAAAUCGUAGAUUCAGAGAGCGUAGAUACACAUAGUGUACAUUCAAAUAGACAUAGUAUAUUUGAUAACGUCAUUAAUUUGGGACUAUACCCAGAAUUAGUACAAUCAACAAAUUCUGCUAACAAAUUUAAAGAUUCUUUUGAAAAUCAAGUUAUCGUGAUAGACAAACAACCUUCUCUCUUUGUAACAGACAAACAACCUUUUUUGUCACAAACAAAUGCCAAAACUAUUGAUCGAAUUAAAAAAUCUAGAACCGGUUUCAAAAAGUAUCCUCAUAAUAAUUUGAAAUAUAUGCCGACACAUAAAAAUCUGAGUUUACCAAACAACGCUGCUAUAAGAGCAAUGCUUGACGACGCUAAUUCAAGAAAGGCGAAUUUCGAAGAAACUAAUUCUCGAUUACAGCCUGGUGUCCCUAAAUCCAUGCCUGAGUUAUGGGACCGGCUUUCUUUAGUGCUAGAUUCAGCCAUAACAAGACUAGAGCAGACGCUAGCUGAGAAAAUCAUAAAGGAAAUCAAAAGCAACACUUUUUCAGAUUCUAAACCACUAUUUCAAAUGAAAAAAGUUCAAAAUCACGUUAUUACUGCCAAUAAAUCAUUGGACAUCAAGCUGAGUAUUUUAAAGGCUUCUGAAGACAAGGAAGUAUUAGUUAAAGACGAAUCAGAAACAAUAAUUGAUGGGGAUAAAAAUUUCCAAUGUGAUUUGAUCGAGAGUAGGGUUAUAGAUCAGUUGAUGUUGCGUUUGAGUUUUGAGCAUCCUAAAGCAUUAGUUAGUCGUGUAUCUCAAGUGAAGAUUCUCAAAACUCCUAGUGCAUCGGAUAGGUUGAAAGAGCCUCAAAUUCUUAGGAAAUGUUUUGAACUACUGAAUCCUCCAUCUUCUGAAACGCAGACGUUGGAAGAAAUUAAAGGGGCAGAAAUAUCAGCUACGGCAACAUUAUUGUCAAAUAACACAGACGUGCGUCUUCGUUCAUUAAGCAGUCGUUUCAAGGGUGCAUUAGAAACACCAGCCGAAUUCAUCAAAGAAAAUGCGUUAGUAAUUACGACAGUACCUGUAUUUUUUUUGGGUUUGUUUACCUUGUAUUGUUUAAUUGCACUCGCUACAAAAUUGUGAAUUUUGGUGUCAAUUUGUGUUUUAAUUUCUUGC